AUGUCAGGAACAGAAAGCAGUGGUAUUGAGGUUGCUGAGGAGGGUCCCUCUGAGGUUGUAAUUCAUACCCCUGUUUCUCGGAGAACUCGACAGCAGACACACACAACAGCUCCCCUGCGGCAGGGAGUUGGCAACGAUGGGCCGGUGUAUGUAAAGGUGCCUUUUUCAGUUACCGAUUUGAUGGCUUGGAAACAGGCAGCCGGACUUUAUAGAGAAGAUCUGGAAAGAGUAGGAAGAGUGGUGGAUACUCUAAUUAGAACGCAGGACCCAGACUGGAGUGAUUUGCAGGUGGUUUUAGAUAAUUUAUUGGAUGAUACAGAAAAGCAAAUGGUGUUGAAAGCAGUAUGGGAAACAGAUAUCCCUGGCAAAUCAAAACUGGCAGAGCCUGUUAAAGUAGAAUUAAAAGAAGGGGCAAAACCAGUUAAAUUGAAACAAUAUCCAAUUAAACCAGAAAUCAGACAAGAAUUGAAGAAAUUAAUUGACAAGUUCUUGAAGUAUAAGAUUUUAGAGGAAUGUGAAUCUGAAUACAAUACUCCUAUCUUACCAGUCAGAAAACCGUCCGGAGAAUACCGGCUGGUACAGGAUUUAAGAGCAGUGAAUCAAAUAGUCAAAGAUAUUUACCCAGUAGUAGCAAACCCAUAUACAUUACUAACCUCGUUAAAAGAGACCUAUCAGUGGUUUACAGUGCUUGAUCUAAAAGAUGCUUUCUUUUGUAUACCCUUGGAAAAAGAAAAUAGAAAACUGUUUGCUUUUGAGUGGGAGAAUCCACAGACUGGACAAAAGAUGCAGUUAACGUGGACAAGGCUACCCCAAGGAUUUAAAAACAGUCCGACAAUCUUUGGAAAUCAGUCGGCAAGAGAACUUGAGAUAUGGAAACAAAAGAAACCAAGGCCUGGACAUCUACUGCUACAAUAUGUGGAUGAUAUACUGAUUGCUACAGAGGAGAAGUCAACUUGUAUCCAGGUAACAAUAGAUCUUUUGAACUUUCUGGGACUAAAUGUGUACAAGGUAUCCAGGAAAAAGGCCCAAAUAGCUUGCCAGACUGUAAUAUAUCUGGGCUUUGAAAUUUCUAAAGGACAGUGA